AUGUCAGAACCAACCCGAAAAUGCAUGGCUACAGAGCUAGGCUUCCACCGAAACGAACUCGUCCAAUUUCAAACAAUCUUCACAGUAGGGAACGGCAUCGCCUUACUACCAUUCAUGUAUCUUUUCCCCUGGGUGCCAAUGCACUACCUCGUUCCGGCAUUAGACCUCCUCUGA